AUGGAUGCCAGCAACUUCGGCGGCGGCGCUGCUCCUCGCGCCUGCUACAGCUGCGGUGCCACCGAUCACCAGGCUCGCGAGUGCCCUACCCGUGGACCCGCCAAGUGCUACAACUGCGGAGCUGAGGGUCACAUGAGCCGUGAAUGCCCGGAGGGUGCUAAGGACACCAAGACCUGCUACCGCUGCGGUCAGGCCGGCCAUAUCUCUCGUGACUGCCAGUCCGCUGGCCAGUCCGGUGGCGGUGGCGGCCAGGACUGCUACAAGUGCGGUGAGGUUGGACACAUCGCUCGCAACUGCCCCCAGAACGGCGGCUACGGUGGUGGAUACGGCGGUGGUCGUGGCGGCUACGGCGGUGGCUACGGCGCCGGCGGUGGCCAGAAGACUUGCUACAGCUGCGGUGGCAUUGGCCACAUGUCUCGUGACUGCGUCAACGGCUCCAAGUGCUACAACUGCGGCGAGAACGGUCACUUCUCUCGCGACUGCCCCAAGGGCACCUCCACCGGCGAGAAGAUCUGCUACAAGUGCCAGCAGCCUGGCCACAUCCAGUCCGAGUGCCCCUCCGCCUAA